GGGAGGAAAGAGAGAGGGAAGCAAAUGAGAGGAUGGCAACAUCAACCAUAUCUUCGUCUCCUCUCCUCCUCGCUGCUCCCAAAUGCGCUUCCCGUGCUUCUUCCAAGCUAUGCUUCGAUCCGAGUCCCCGACUGACCACCUCCGGUCGCCCUCGACUAGAUCUAUGCACACGGAAGAGAAGGUUUGGAGGAGAUUCACUCAAAAGCUCUCGAAUUUGGCGGGUCUCGGCUGUCGCGGAGGAAACUUUGCCGCCGGAGGCCACCGUGGAGAAGGCCCAGCAGAUUAUUCCCGCCGCUGCUGAAGACAGCGCUGCAUCCACCGUCGUCUCUGCUUUACUCGUCGUCGCCUUUAUCGGACUCUCCAUCCUCACCAUAGGGGUGAUCUACUUGGCAGUGCAAGAUUUUCUGAGGAAAAGAGAAAGAGAGAAGUUUGAGAAAGAAGAUGCAGAAAAGAAGAAGAAGGGAGGAAAGAAAGCAAAAGCCAAGGCAAGGACUGGACCAAGAGGCUUUGGCCAGAAGAUCGAAGAAGAUGAGGAUUAGGUAUCCGCAGAUCAUCCUUUUCAUGGCAUGCCAAGGCAGCAUGGGAUAUCAAAAUUUUGAUAUGUAGAUCUAUCUACCUGUUUUUAUGAUCUCAACACAUUUCUUUGCUCUGUUCUCUUAUUUGUUCUUUGUUUUUUUACCUGACGGCAUCGUAUUCUCACAUUGUGAUUAAUGAUCCUGAAGUUGCUUUGA